GCAAAUUUAUUAAAGAAGAUGAACUCAACCCGAUGGAUACAGAAUCAAGCACAUUCAAAUUAAUGGAGACAGGAUUGAGUGAUGAUUCAUCAGGUGAAAAUUUUUGGAAAAAUGAUAAGGAUAACCUUUGGUUAAAGUGGAAAGCGGAUGCAAAUUUAGAGAAAAGUAGACAUGGUCCUUAUAACAUAGGGAACCUACCAAAAUCAACAUAUUAUGAUAAAUGGGGGCUGAGUGUACAAGAUGUUUCAUCAGAUGAGGAGUUUGCAUUGCUAUCGGAGAAUAAUGUUAUAAGUUUAAAAAAAGAUUUAGAGGAAAAUUUCAAUAGAAUGUCAGCACAAGAGUAUGUUAAGAAGAGAGCUAAAUCAGGUGAGUUGCCACUAUGCAAAAAAGGUAACGGGAAAUCAAUCAUGGUGAGUGAAUUUUUAACUGAAGCUUGUGGAAGACUUAAACUUACUGCUGAACAUAUUGAGAGUUAUCCUGAUGUUCCAGAAGAGGCUCGAGUAUAUUUAAAACCAGGAGCGAAUGAAGAAGGAUACUGA